UUGCCCAUUGGUCUAGAUCCAUUUGAGGAGACUGAAACACUUAAGAGGGAGGGAGGGAGAAGGAAAAGUCCCCGACAGCUUGGGGAUCUUUGAAUCACUUGCUUUGACCUGUCAACAGGUGGCAGAAGGAGAGGUUUGGGGAGUGCUGCUCAGUCCUUCUGAGAAAAGCAAAGGAAGAAAGGAAGAACGUGAAGGAGAGCUGAAAAAAACACCUCAAGGAAAUGACCACUAGACUUCUAUGGAGGGCUUCGUGUCUGCUGGUCCUACUAUGCAUCGUGUCACAUUGUGUGAGCCUCACGGACAACCAGCCGGGUCCCUCGACCACAGAGCAGGGAGUCACCUUCAGCCACGUCUAUAAGAUUGACAUCCCGGGGAGCUCUGCUGGUACUCUAGAAUGUCUGCAACCCAAGGACGAAGCAGGCCUGCAGACGGACGUCGCAACAAACGGAGAAAAUGACAUCGUCUUCAAACACAACAUCCGCUUGCAAACACCCAAGUGUGACUGUGAAGAGUCGGAGAGCUUCAAGUCUCUGUUGUACAGAGUUAAUGGACUGGAAGAGGAAGUCAACUACCUAAAGACCCAGUGUGCUCAGGGAUGUUGUAAAACAGCAGGAGUGGACACGAGCUGCAGUGGCCAUGGCUCUUACCAACAGGAAUCCUGCAGCUGUGUCUGUAAUCCGGGAUGGGAAGGCCCCGAUUGCUCCGUCUCUUCCUGCCCCGAAGAGUGUAACGACAAUGGCCGGUGUGUUGAUGGGAAAUGCGUGUGCUAUGAGGGGUACACUGGCGAGGACUGCAGCCAGCUGACGUGUCCAAACGAUUGCAACGAUAAGGGACAAUGCGUGGAUGGAAAAUGCGUGUGCUUCUCGCAUUUUACCGGCGAGGACUGCAGUACCCCAACGUGCCCUAAUAACUGCAACGGGAAUGGGCGCUGCGUGAAUGGCCAGUGCGUCUGUGAUGAAGGCCUCUUUGGAGAGGACUGCUCCUCAGUUCUAUCACCUCGGGGUCUGCGGUUGGUCCAGCAGACUGACGUGUCACUCCUGGUUGAAUGGGAAUCUGUUCGAGGGGCUGAGUACUAUGUGUUGAAAUACCAUCCCAAGUAUGAUGAGGCUUCAAUGGAGCAGAUUCGGAUUCCCAACACAAAGAAUUCCUACCUAAUCACAGAUCUGACUCCAGGAGUUACCUACAUUGUUGAAGUGUACGCUGUCAUCAGACAAAUCCAAAGUGAAGCAGAUAUGAUUGAAGCCACCACAGAUGUCUCGGGCAUUGAUGAUAUCCGCGUCCUUGGCCAGACGGAGAUCUCUAUCCUAGUGGACUGGAAGAAUCCACGGGCUGAAGUGGAUUACUUUAGGCUGAAACACACUGAUCCAUCGGGACAGGAAGAGGAGCAGAGUGUGCGGAGGAGUCAAGAGGCACGCACCAAGCACACAAUUGUGGGUUUAAAUCCAGGAACAGAGUACCAAAUAUCUGUGCAGGCCAUCAAAGGAAACAAAGAGGGAAAGCCUUCCAUUGCCGCAGGAGUCACAGAUAUUGAUGGUCCAACAAACCUCGUCACCACUGACGUAUCGGAAGACACUGCUACGGUCUCCUGGGAUCAAGUUCAAGCUCCGAUAGACGGCUAUAUGCUGAGCUACACCUCCUCUGAAGGCAGCAGCGCAGACAUCCCUGUCGGCCGCGACAGCAGUUCAUACACGCUGGUCGGCUUGAGGCCUGGCGUUCUCCACACUGUAUACAUCUGGGCCUACAGAGGCGACAAAGUCAGCAAGAAAUCUUCAACAAAAGCAGAAACAGAGAUUGAUUCUCCAAAGAACCUGAGGGCGUCUGACGUUGCCAUGGAAACUGCUACUUUGACUUGGACUCCUCCUCUGGCAGACAUUGAUGGUUACAUCCUCACCUACAGAGAUCAGAGUCUGAUGGAGACUGUUGAAAAGCAGAUACGAGGGAGCGAGAGCAGAUUUUUUGCUUCCGACUUGAAGUCAGGAAAGGAAUACGUUGUGACUAUUAUUGCCUACAGAGGCAACAAGAGAAGCAAAGUGGCAGAGACUAUCUUCAAAACAGUUGGCGUACUGUACCCCUUCCCCAUGGACUGUGUUCAGCUCAUGAAGAACGGGAACAAGAGGAGCGGCAUCUAUACAAUUUACAUCAACAAUGACCGGGCUAAACCGAUAGAGGUUUACUGUGACAUGGACACGGAUGGAGGCGGUUGGCUGGUGCUUCAGAGACGUAACAGCGGCAGGCUGGACUUCAUGAAACGUUGGAGGCAGUACAUUGCAGGGUUUGGCAACAUGACUGAUGAAUUCUGGCUCGGAAAUGAGAAGAUAUACGAACUCACCAACACUCCAACCCAGUAUGAGGUGAGGUUUGACUUGGGCCUGGGUUCAGAGAGAGCUUAUGCUGUAUAUGACAACUUUAAGAUCGGGACGGUGAAGCAGAAGUACAAACUCACUAUUGGGAAAUACAGAGGAACGGCAGGUGAUGCGAUGACCUAUCACCAGGGCCGGCCGUGGACCACCGUGGAUUCAGAUAAUGACAUCGCUCUGGGGAACUGCGCCCUGACCCACCGUGGUGCCUGGUGGUACAAAAACUGUCACCUGGCUAAUCUCAAUGGAAAAUGGGAUGAUAGCAGGCACAGCAUGGGAGUGAAUUGGGAGCCGUGGAAGGGCCAUCUAACUUCGCUCGACUUCACUGAGAUGAAGAUCCGACCUGCAGGAGCCGCGUCCAGCAGAUAGAGACGAUCGCUUGUCAGCAGAGAGAAAUGUUCAUUUUCAAACGGCCUUAAAGAAAAGAGGAAAAAAACCACAUCAGAUGCAAACUCUUGCAUUGACCUGUAAUCACACUAAGUUUUGAUCUUUCUGUACAUAUGUAGAUACAAACAACACUAUGUCUUAAUAGUCUCCCCUGGUGCUUCAGAUCUUAUUUGUUUAAAGAAAAAAAACAUUUUCCUAAGUGAAAAUUUGUUUUAGAUUUAAUCAGAAAUUCAAAAGUUUAGUGUGAUUUUUGGAAGAUGUUAAUUAAGAAACUAUAAUUUUCUUAAAUGUGUCUGAACAGAAUUUGUAGCUUAUAUCGCCACUUUUGUUUUUACGGUUUGAAACAAAAAGAUUUUUAAAUAAAAAAUAAGUUAAAAUUAAAACUUACAUUUUUCUUCUAACAAAAGUAUUCCAGUCAGAAAUGAAUGAAUUGCAUGAUGUCUUAUUGGGCACUUUCAGUCUUUGAAUUUUAAAUCACUUUUUUUACACUUAUCCUUCGUAAAUAAAAUGUGUUUUACAACAGGAUUUUCAGGAUCUCAAUAAUCCAUAUUUUGGAGAAAAUUAAAAUCAUUACUUUCUAUCAUUAUUUUCAUAUCUUUAUAUGAAGAUUCCUAAGGGUGCCUUUGGUUUUCAUUUUUUUAGAUUUCCACAAUGUUUCUACACCAAAUUAAUUUACAGUUUGAACAUAUAAAUGUAUGUUUUGCAUUCAAAAAGAAACUUUUCUUCUGCACAAUAGCAUAUAUUGUUUACUCCACUGAUUUUAAAGAAAUGGCUUGAUGAUAGAAGUGACUAAAAUGGCUGUUUUUUUUACCCUGUUUCAUUACUUUGCAUGAAAAUGUGUUCAUUUAAAAUGAUCCGUCUUUUGAGUUACAUCAUAAUAUCAAAAUAUGAUCAUCUUUGCUUCAAUAUUUCCUUUAAAAACCACUACAGGAAGUCAAACGGUUGUUAGAAAUGCUGCCCUCUGAAUUAAAUAUUGAUUAUUUUCAUUUUACUCUGCUUUCCUCUGGUUUGUUUCUCAUCAUCAUGCUAAUGCAUUAAACUUUGUCUUUUUAUUCACAAAUGAGACUUAUGGGAAUUUUUAUUUUAUUUUUUUGGGUGCAGAUGCAGAGUGAAAUGAUCUUCCACUGCCACAUUUUAGAAAUCCUAUAAUUUUAGAUUAUAUUUAGUAAAUCAAAAAACUUAAUUAAAAGACAUUCUUUUUAUUUAGGAGAUGGUGCCUUCUCUCCUCAUCACUGUUUUAAUUAUUCAAAUUUGUCAAUGUGAGACGAGUUUUUAGAGUUAAUCUUAGGUUACGAAAUGUUCCCACUUUGUUGGUCAAAAUCUCUAUGAAGAAA